UUCACUGGCUCGAACAUGGUAUUAUAUUUCCUUCGAGUCACAUGACCUGUACUCGAUGACUAUUGGUAACUUCGGAAAUGCGCUAAUUAUAGAUAAUCAGUUAUGCCUGGUCUUGUGGCAAUAUUCGUUUUUUAAAAAGGAUUUUAAAACCUACCGAAAAUCAAGUUUUUUGAAGAUUAAGUUUUUUCCGGCUAUUUUCAGCUGAUAUUAAAAAAUUCCCUAUUUACUUAGAACGUAUCAGAAGGACUUCAAAACUUCAGAAGACGGUGAAUUUUCUCUGCUAGAUGUGAUUAUAAAAUCGAAAAGCUUGAAAAACGAUGUUUUUGUCCGCAGGUUUUCUAGAAACUCAUGCUAAAACAAAAGCGUUUUAUAAAUUGUUUGUUGUAGAUUUAUUAUAAAAUAGAAUAUAGAAUAGUCUAAAUACUGUAUAUGCUGAAGUUUUGAAGUCCUUCUGAUAUAUUCUAAGUAAAUAGGGAAUUUUUUAAUAUCAGCUGAAAACAGCCGGAAAAAACUUAAUCUUCAAAAAACUUGAUUUUCGGUAGGUUUUAAAAUCCUUUUUAAAAAACAAAUAUUGCCACAAGACCAGGCAUAACUGAUUAUCUAUAAUUAGCGCAUUUCCGAAGUUACCAAUAGUCAUCGAGUACAGGUCAUGUGACUCGAAGGAAAUAUAAUACCAUGUUCGAGCCAGUGAAAAUCAAUAUAUCGCUUAACUCUAUUUAUUCCGGCCUAUUAGUCCAUGAAAAAUAUCAAUAUAGUCCUAUUGACAUUUUUUUAGAUAUAGCCGCAUUUUCUCGAAAUCUCCAAGAAAAUAUGUGAUAUUUAUUGGUAAAAACAGUAAAUAGAAGACAUAGAAAUCAUAUUCAGGGAUAACGGUUACUUUAACUAAUUGUGACAAAGAUUAAUCGGACGAACGAACGCAAGUCAUACGAACAUUAUCAUAAUUUUUUUUUUGUUACGAAAAAAAGACGUCAUAUUUCAUUUAAUAAAUUUGUAUUGGAUUUCAUAAUAACGUCCUUUAAAUAGAUAAAAUGGUGAAUUUUCUUGGUAUCUCUACUAUAAAUAUUACUUAUCUUUUGAAUAUUUAUUAGCUCAUUCGAUGUCAAAACGUUUCAAUAGGAAGAGAUUUCUUAAACAAAAUCAUAUAAUGUAGUUUAAUUAAAUUAGAGUAAACGUUCAUUUCUCUUCAUUGCAUAAGAUAACAAUUACGAACAAAUAAACUCUAAUUCAAGUGAUAUAUGUCAGGCAAGCAGCAGUAAUGUAGUAAGGAGCAAAUCAAGUAUCUCUUUUUCUUCCUAUCUAUCUGUUCUCUCUCUCUCUCUCUCUCUUUAUAAAUAUCUAUAGCCGAUAUUUGUUGUAAUGAAAUGUGCAGCUAAUAACAUAAGGACAUAUUGUCUCAAAAUUGAAUUAAAGAGAUUUAAAUAAACGUCUCUCUCUUUGUUUAGUGAUGCGAAUACGAGAACAAUUAUUCUUUAAAAUACGAAAACGUUCUAAAUUAAGUCAGAAGUGAGAGCAGAGCAGAGCAGAGAGAAUAUGGUUACUAUUUAAAUACAUUUUAUAUUCAUUGUUCAAUCAGUUGAUGAUAGUAAAUGAACAACAGAGAAGAAGAAGACGAAGAAAAAAAAAGAAGAAGAGACAACAUUACAUUCUAUUUUUCUCGAUUUAAAAGUCAAUAUUUAUAUAAACACCAAUGUUGUGUUGUUCUUCUUCUUUUUUUCCCAUCACCAUUGAUAGAUCUAUCUGAAAUAAGAAUAUUCCAUAGAGUUUUAAACAUACUUCUUUGAUCUUUUUCUUUGUUUUUGAUCUUAACAUCUGUUUAAAGUCAGGAAAGGUAGACUUUUGAGAAACGAGAUUUCUUCACUACUUUACAAUUGCAAAAUACCUUUUCAAGUAUCUUUAAAUGAGUUCAAAAUCUCUAUGCGUUAUUAUUAUUAUUAUUAUUACUAUUACUAAAUAAAUAAAACUCUUAUCAUGGAUUCUGUAGGCACACUUUUUUUUUGUCAAUGAUCUUACUUUAUCCAUAAGAUUAUUAUUGAAAAUUGAUUGGAAUUUAGAAAGAUAUUUGAUACAUUUUUAACUUAGUAAUGUAUUGAAUCUUAUGAUCUCGAUAAAAUAAUUGUUCGUAUUACUAUUAAACAAUAUAAAUAAAAUCCACAAUUUAUGUUUAUCUAUUGUUAAACGAAAUAUUUUUAUUUCGUUUAGAUAAUAUAAUAAUUAGUAUAAUACAAAAUAUAUUUUUUUGCCAUCUGUACUUUUAUGUAGCUUUGUUUUUACUUUCCUACUCAACGAUCUAUAAUAUUCUAUUUUUUUUUUGUUUUGAUAUUCUAGAAACACUAUGAAAUAUUUAUUAAUUGUAUUUACGGCCGGAAUCUUAUUUCUGAUGAUUAAAAUUGGGGUUUCAGAUGGAACAUUGGUAAAACAACCGGAUAAUCCUUCAUCACUAGAAACAUCUAAUUCUUAUCUUGACAAUGAUAUUGACGAUGAAAAUAAUGACUAUUAUUUAUCAAUGCAUAAAAAAGCGACACCAUCAUCACAAUUGAUACCUCAACCAUUGAGACGUCAUCAUCUUAAAUUUGGAGUAUUGGGUAAACGAUAUAGUCGAUAUGGAUCACUUGGAAAACGAAAUAAUGAUGAUGAUGAUAGUUCACAGGAAUGGAUGAUGCCAUCGUAUGGAAUCCGCUAUAGACGACGACCACAAUACGGUUUAUUAGGAUAA